AUGGCUGGGCGGAAACGCAAGGCCGCUGACGACCGGCCAACUAAUGCGAAAACGCCCGCCUCACAACGGCCAUCAAGGGCGACCAGGUCGACUCGCUCAAGCGCGAGACAGAGCGAUGUCCCUGAUAUAUACCGCGACAUGCUUGCUGAAGCCGAGGUCCGACCAGCCCUGACCACGGAGGAACCGUCAAUAAAGAGGAAACGCCCUGGUCAGCCUCGAAAUCAGAUAGCCCAACACAGCAAAUCUCCGUCCGAAAGACAUAGUCGCGUGGACCUCGUUGACCGAAACAAACCCGAACCCGAGGAUGAGAGUGAAGAUGACUUAGAAUUCGAAGACAUGGCGCUUCCUGCUGCGACUAUCCAGACGGUCUACCGCGACUCGGACGAUGACGAUGAAGAGGCAGACGAGGAAAUAAUUUUUGAAGAUGUUGAUUUCUUUACUAUUCAACCUGAAGUUGGCGCUGUCCAGGAGACACAAGAUCUUGAGCUUGAUCUGUCGGCUCGAACCAAAUCUACACCCUCGAAGAAUAUCAAUAGACGAAAACCCAUUAACAAAGGAGAGAAAGACCGUCGGAUUGAAAUACAUAAAACGCACCUCCUCUGUUUACUGGCACACGUAGCCCGGAGGAAUAGAUGGUGCAACGAUUCCCAAGUACAGGAUAGUUUGAGACCAUUGUUGACACAGAAGAUGGUCGCGCAACUGAAUCCUCCCAGUCGCCUGAACCAGUUUGGACGAGCGAAUUCCCUUAAAGAAGGCCUUAAUGUAGUGAAUAAUAUGUUUAAAACCAAAUAUCAAAUUACAGAGCGUGGCAUGCGAAGAGCGCUUUGGGCAGAGACAGAAGAACAUCUCCAAAAUUUCAAUUUACCCUCGGACUCAGAAUCGCCUUUAGAGAGGUCUGAUUUCCGGGAAGCAGCGAAAUCUCUCAGCGGCUCCCGGGAUGUAGGCACUCAGCUAUACUGCGCGCUGCUACGUGCUGCAGGUGUUGAAGCAAGACUUGUUUGCUCCCUACAGCCGCUCUCCUUCAACUCAGCAGGGCCAUAUAUGGGAGUCAGUCACAAAAAGAAACAGAAGUUAACGCUAGAGGAAAAAUAUGGUCAACUCUUCAAGCCUAGCGAACCUAUUGAGUCACCCACAGACUCUUCUGCUCUCCCUCCUCGCAGACGGUUAGGGCAUCCAAACGCGGCAGCCUUUAGGAUGCCUGAAAUUUCACCUGGACCCUCUCGCCAAGUAGUAGCGACCCCUAAAAAGAUCCGAGAAUCUCCCUAUCCAGUUUACUGGGUUGAGAUUUUGGAUGAGGGGCAUCAGAAAUGGCAGCCGACAGACCCGUUAGUCACGGGGUCUUACUGGAAACCCCAAAAACUUGAACCUCCAGCGUCCGAUAGGGAGAACAGCAUGGCGUACGUUGUCGGAUUCGAGGAGGAUGGCACAGCCACAGAUAUCACUCGGCGCUACGUAAAGGCAUACAAUGCGAAAACAAGGAGAAUGCGUGUCGAAGGUGUCCUAAGCAACGGCGAAAGGUGGUGGCGUAAGGCACUUCGGGCAUACUCACGAGGCUACAGGAGCGACUUGGACCAAAUCGAAGCAAACGAGUUAGCCGCGAUAGAGGGCCGGGAGCCGAUGCCAAGCAACAUUGCCGAUUUUAAAGACCAUCCUAUAUACGCCCUAGAACGACAUUUAAGACGUCACGAAGUAUUGAUACCAAAUGCCACCCCAUCAGGGACUGUUGGGGCAGGCAGUAAGGCACCCCUGGAGAAGGUGUACAGGCGCAGAGAUGUGAGGACUGCCCGAAGCAGAGAAAAGUGGUAUCGACUCGGUAGAGAAGUGCGGCCAGACGAAAUACCAGUGAAAUUCUUGACGAAGCCGUCCAAAAUGCACGAAGAUAUCUUCAGUGAUGAGGUACAACAAGAAUUAGGGGAGGGUGAGACAAAUGGCACGCCAAUCUAUAUGAUAGAUCAAACAGAAGUCUAUAAAGCACCCCCAGUCAUUAAUGGCAAGGUGCCGAAGAAUCGAUACGGUAAUUUGGAUCUCUACGUGCCGAGCAUGAUACCAGAAGGUGGUGUCUACAUCGCUGAUGAAUUCGGGACUCGGGCAGCAUUUACGUUGGGCAUCGAUUACGCGCCAGCACUCACCGGAUUCCAAUUCCAUGGAAGGAAGGGGACAGCAGUUCUCCGUGGGGUAGUAGUAGCUGCAGAAUGCGAAGAGGCUAUGAAAGCCGUCAUAGAGGGAAUUAAAGACCAAGAGGUUGAAAUGGAGAGGGAGAGAAAGCGUCGCGAAGUGCUCAGGAUGUGGAGGCUGUUCCUCAUGAACCUACGAAUACGACAGCGCCUAUGGGCGGGCUUGGACACGGACAAUGAAGAAAUGGAAGACGUUGGGCAUAACCACUCAGGCCAUAGUGACGAUGACGAGGCUGCUGGUGGUGGCUUUGAGAUUGACGAUGAGUAUGCUGGGGGAUUCUUGCUUGAAUGA